AUGAGCAUCAACAAUACGUUGAGAAUCGUUCUGGUAGCGGUGAUCUCACGAGUCCUCUGUCUCGUCGUUGGCCUGCUCUCUGCUCACUUCAUGCAUCCUUAUGAUACCUCAGCAAAUAUCUACCCAGCCGCUCAGGAUGAACUAGGCCGCUGGUUGAGCCCAUUAGCCUAUUGGGACGGUGUAUAUUUCAUCCGUACUGCUCAGAUCCAGGAUUACGAAUAUGAGCAUACUCAUGCUUUCUUCCCGGGCUUGGCCGUAUUGAAGGGUAAGCAUGCGGCCAUGAUCGCCUAUUAUGGAGCGCUCAUCUUCGCAAUGCCUAUGAGUAACAUAUUCAUGUCAGCGGUAUACACUGAGUCCUUCUACUCUAUGCUCACGUUUGGUGGCCUGCUACUGCUAUACGAAGGCGAUGAUGAUGAUGAUGGGGUUGACGGCGAUGACGCCUCGAUACUAGGGGAUGCUCCUCAAGGGGGCACCAAGGACGAUCAAUCCAUUGCUCCACACUUCCUACAGCACUAUAUUGACCUAGGCAUACCACUCACUCACAUGCUCAUCAUUCUGCAUUCGCGAACACCGGACUCGACAGAAUUAGGGAUGUUCAGGGACUUGAUUAAGCAAUAUGCAUCUAUCAUGAACAUUGAAGAGUGGAUUGGCGAAUACUCGAGUGAAGUAAUGGAGAGGCGACGAAAUAAGAUGAUGAAGCACACCGAACGGCUGAGAGAGGCGGAGGACUGGAUCGUCCACGCUGAUUCCGAUCAGCUACAUCAGAUCCCCGGCGGGAAUAUCCAGGCCUUUUUGUAG